AUGGCCACCCAGGAGCAGCAGAUGUCCAUCCAGGACCAGAAGAACGCCUUGAAGGAGUCCAUGAAGAACCACAAGAACGCCUUGAAGGGCUCCUUGAAGGAGCAGCAGGCUGCCUUGGAGAAGUCCCUCAAAGAGUCCACCGACGCCGCAAAAGAGCAGGCUUCGGGCUUCAUCGCCUUCAUGCAGCGUCAGCUUGACCGUGUCGUCAGCCCCGAGACUCGCGACCAGGCCUACGAGCGCAUGCAGGAGUUCGCCAAGGAGCGUCCUUUCCUCUUUACCUUCUUGGUUGCCCAGGCUGUCACCUGUGCCGUGCCCGUCGGUCUCUUUGCUGCCUUCACCUCAUCGGUGCUUGUCCUCUCCCUCGGAGCGUCUGUCCUGUUCUCGCUCUUCUGGCUUGGCGUGGCUGUCAUGGUUCUGGUCCCAACUCUGUUCGUCACCGUCACCAUCGGCGCCGUCCUGUUCUGCUGGGCUGUCGCCAUUCGAUUCGCCUACAACACCCUGCCCGCUGCCCUGAAGAACUUCUUCGCCAGCUCGCGCGAGGUCGCUGAGGACAAGUACAACAACUACUCGGACACCAUCAACAAGGCCAAGAAGGCCAUCAAGGACAGCGCCAACCGCAACGGUACCAACGGCACCUACACCAACGGUGCUGGCAACGGUACUUACGAGGGCUAA